AUGGAGAUCGACAACGACAAGUUUGAAGCAAAAGUAUGGCUUAAUAUUAACCUAGGUACUGCUAAGGGAAUACAAGUUACAAAAGAUGAAGAUCUUACCUCGUGUAUGGUGCUCUUAAAAAACGAUCCAUACUAUAAAGGUUCCAAAUUUGUUGUUGAAAUUUCAGAAAUACCAGAUCAACAACCAGAAGGUAAUGCAAUAAUGGAAAUUGAUAAUCAACAAUUAUUGCACAGAACCACAUAUGUUCAGGAAGAGAAACUGAUGCUGAUAUCUCAAAUAUCAGAAGAGCAGGAGAUACCAAUUUAUGACAUGACAAUGGAAAAUGAAAUUGUAAAUCCUGUGGAAGAUCAACACAUCGAAUCACUAGUCACUAUUGAAGGAAGAAAAAGGAAAGGAAAAGGAAAGGCAAAAGAAUCCCCAUCAAUAUUACUAAAGGAAAAUGCAUCAUUGGAUGAUGUAAAACUCGAUUCUGUUUUUCAAGAAAAAAAUGCUAUGAUCAGAUGUUUUUGCUUAGCAGCUAUUAAGGAGCACUUUGAGUUUUAUGUUGACAGAUCAAGUAAUACAAGAUACUCUUUGGUAUGUACUGAUAAAAAGUGUGGUUGGACUGUUCGAGGUUCAAGAAUUAAGGAAUCAACACUAUUUAAAGUAGUUAAAUUUCAGAGAUCACAUGAGUGCUCGGUUGACAUUAGAAAGUCAAAUCAAGGACAAACAACUCCAAAUGUGAUUAGAGAUUACAUUAUUGACAACUUAAGGGACAUAGCUACUGAAGUAAAGCCUAGGUUUGUCAUUUCAGAAAUGAAAAGAUCACAUGGAGUAGAUGUUGCUUAUGGAAAAGCAUGGCAUGCUAUUCAAAAGGGGUUAUCGUUAUUAAGAGGAACAACUGAACAGAAUUAUGAGUUUGUUUAUAUGUUUUUUAUAUAUGGUGCAUCAAUUUCUGGGUGGAGGUAUUAUAGACCACUUAUUGCUGUGGAUGGAACAUUUCUAAAAAAUAAAUAUAGAGGUGUUCUGUUAGUGGCUGUUACAAAAGAUGCAAAUAACCAGAUUUUCCCUAUAGCAUUUGGAGUAGUGGAUUCAGAGAACAACGAAUCAUAUGAAUGGUAUUUCAGAGAAUUAAGAAAAGCAAUUGGGAUUCGUAAAGAUUUAAUAUUUUUGUCAGAUCGACACAAGGCCAUUGCAAAUGGAAUCGCAAAAGUUUUUCCUGAGUGCUACCAUGGUAUUUGCAUAUAUCAUUUGGAAAAGAAUCUAAAGCAAAGAAGAGUGAGAAACACUAUACUAAAACUCUUUCAAAGUGCUGCAGGAGUAUACCUUCAAUCAGAAUUUGAUGACUUCAUGUCCCAAAUAGCUGCUGUUGAUAAGAAAACAUUCAAUUAUUUGAUGGAGGAACCACCAGGAAGGUGGGCUCGUUCACAUUGUCCAAGACGACGAUAUGUUAUGUUAACAACAAUUAUUAUUGAGUCAAUGAAUAAUGUUUUGAGACGUGCAAGAGAAUUGCCACUUUUAGCAAUGAUGGAUUUCAUACAAGAAAAAUUGCAAAGCUGGUUUUAUGAAAGAAGGACAACUGCAGAAGGAAUAUUCCGCGAGUUAUCAAAUUGGGCAGAAGCAACAUUGGAAGAUAAAAUUAAACCAGCUUUUACAUUUAGAGUAUUGUCCAUUGAUCGACUCAAAUUCAAUGUCAAAGAAGGGGGUAUGGAAUUUAUUGUUGAUCUAGACAAAAGAACAUGUGAUUGUUCUGAAUUUCAGCUAGAUGAGAUACCCUGUGAACAUGCAAUUAUAUAUCAGAAGAAAUCAUUCUUUUGUUCAACCUAUUAUUCAAGGGACUUUUGGUUGAAAACAUAUGAAGGACAAGUAAAUUCUGUAGGUGAUUCAACAACAUGGGUUAUACCAGACAAUAUUAAAUCGGAUAUCACUAAGCCUCUAGAUGCAAAAGUAAUGCUAGGAAGAAGACAGAAGAAUCGACAUGUUUCCGGUACAGAAUUCAAGAAGGAAACAAGAUGUGGUCGUUGCAAAAAAUAUGGGCAUAACAUAACAAAUUGUACAAAUUCUGCUGUAGCUCAUCCUUAUGCAAGAAAAUACACAAAAAAAAAUGAUUGA